AUGACAUCCACCAAUGUAUCAAAUUGGGUCUCCGAACCCGACGGACGAGGAACAUGGGGUAUCCUCUCAUCAUGUGUCUUAACUAUAAUCCUGUGCUGCUGGUCUUCCGUCUACCCCAACGUUCCCUCAAGAUCAGACGGAGAGUACAAGCAAUUUCUAUAUAAAUUCUAUCUUUUGUCUGUCGGCAUUCUGGGACCGGAGAUUCUGCUGUUUAUUGCUUUGGGCCAAUGGACUUCUGCGCGGAUAUCGAAGAAAGGAUAUACGGACUGGACAAUGACCCAUUCCUUCUUUGCUGAUAUGGGUGGAUUCCUGCUUGCCGCUCCUGGAAGUGAAUUAUUCCCCAUCGACGCAGAGCAGUUGCUUCAUCUCGUCAGAGACGGGUACCUUGUCUAUCCCGGUUUGGAUGCGGAAGAUAUCAAGGACAAGAGUAAAUCAGAUCGGUUUACAAGUUUCCUUGCAAUAAUCCAAGCAAUGUGGUUCUUCAUCAACUGCAUCGGCCGAGUAGCCCAACACAUCUUCCUCACCACCCUCGAACUCACCACUUUAACCUUUAUCCUCAUCUUCCUCUUCACCUCGUACUACUGGUACCACAAACCCAAGGACGUCACUCGAGCCAUUGUCCUGACUACCCACACCCCCAUCACAGCCAUUCGCGCCCGAUAUCAUCCAUAUCCCGAAUCGAAAUGGUACCAGACACCACUCGACUUCCUAUCUCGCAACGAAUGGUACUGCAGUCGUCUGUGGCGCUACUAUGUGCAAAUACUACACUAUCUCCGCAUUCCGCUUUUCCUUCGCCCAACCAGCAGACCGUACGACAGGUUUCCGUCUGAUAAUUUCUUAUACGUUGAUAAAUUGGCCGAAUGGAUGGCCACGCCGGUGAUUGUAUUUUAUAGCUGUAUGUUUAUGUUUGCGUGGAAUUUUUCGUUUCCCACCCUUACGGAGCAGCUUCUUUGGCGUAUUUCGGCAGCAUAUCUUGUGCUUUUUGGCACUGCUGGGAUGUGCGUCUGCUGGCAUGCUCAUGUGUUCAUAAUGCCGAAGCUGGCGAAGGAGAAGAAAUUCUACGUUGAGGGUCAAUCUCUUGAUCUUCCGACAAAAAAGGGAUUGCUGCAUCGCCUAGCAUGGCGCCUGCAAAACAUUCACCCGGACCGAGACCCGGAGUUGGAUGUCCCGCUGAAGGUCCUGUUACCCAACGUCUUGAUGUGUGUUGUACUCUGUGUUUCGCGCUAUUAUUCUGGUGGAGGAUUUCAUUGGAUUGAGGAGCUUGCCUGACAGUGCGUUCCAGACAGUGACUUGGUCGAGGUACAUUCCUCAUUGGUAGUUCGUGUAGAGCGAGGUUUGCACGGAUCAGUCGUUCUUGAGUUUAUGUGAGAAAUUGAAACUCAGCACUUAGAUUGAUAAGAUAGAUAGAUUCAGAACCACAAAAUGCCUUUCAGCAAA